ACCUCUCGUUAUCUUUCUCUCCCCAAAUAUAGGCAUUUCUGCUUAGGAUUUAUUUUAGACGAAAGCUGGAUCUUUCCUUACAAUGUCGGCAAAGUUCAUUGAAUCUUGUUUCUUUCUCUCUCUAUAAACGCUUUUACAACUCUCGAUUCGCAGGUUUUCUAGGGUUUUUUCGAGGCAUCAAUCUAGCAAUUUUUUCCAGAAACUUGCCUGAGUGAUGUUGAGAAGUAACUUACACUCGGACCUUGGUGCUUCUUUCGUGCAACAUUAAUUGCAUACAUCUUGCCCCUUGUCAUUGUGCUGGAGUUCUGAAAUUAUAUUUUGAGCUUCUCAUGACCAUUGUUUAAAGAUGGGAUUCAUUCAGAAUGAAAUACUGUAUUGUACACUUAUGUAAUUUGCAACAUUCCCGUGCUAGUACAAUUCAUAUUUUAUCUUCUCCACUUGAUGUGUAUUCUGUAUCGAUGGGAAGGAGAAACAAUAAACUUCUUUAAUGGUGGAUUCUGGGUCACCUAAAUUUUGAAUACUCUUCUUGUUCUUCAAUCCAUGGAGAGCUUAGCACAACUGGAAGCCUUGUGUGAAAGGCUUUACAAUUCACAGGAUGCAGCAGAACGAGCUCAUGCUGAAAGCACGUUAAAGUGCUUCUCAGUGAACACUGACUUUAUUUCUCAAUGUCAAUACAUUUUGGACAAUGCUUUUUCACCAUAUGCAUUGAUGCUGGCGAGUUCAAGCUUAUUGAAACAAGUGACUGAGCACCGUCUUUCAUUGCAGCUGCGGCUUGAUAUCCGAAACUACAUAAUCAGCUAUUUGGCUAGAAGAGGACCCGAAUUGCCAUCCUAUGUAACUGGAUCUCUGAUCCAGUUACUAUGCCGUGUUACAAAGCUAGGAUGGUAUGAUGAUGACAGAUUCAGAGAUGUCAUUAAGGAGUGCAUGAAUUUCUUGAGCCAGGCUACAUCGGAUCACUAUUACAUUGGUUUGAAAAUUCUGAAUCAGCUUGUUGCUGAGAUGAACCAGCCUAAUCCAGGUUUUCCUUUGACGCAUCACCGAAGAGUUGCUUGUUCUUUCAGAGAUCAGUCGCUAUUUCAAAUUUUCCAGAUAUCUUUGACUUCAUUACGUCAGCUUAAAAAUGACGUUGAGAACAGGUUAAGAGAGUCAGCACUUUCUCUGGCAUUAAAAUGCUUGUCCUUUGAUUUCGUUGGGUCGUCCUUAGAUGAGAGUUCAGAUGAGUUUGGUACUGUGCAGGUACCAGCUUCUUUUUGUAUUCCAUCUUCUUGGAGGCCAUUCUUAGAGGAUCCCUCGACCUUGCAGAUUUUCUUCGAGUACUAUGCAAUUACUAAGCCCCCUCUCUCAAAAGAGGCGUUGGAAUGUUUAGUGCGCCUCGCCUCUGUACGACGGUCUUUGUUUACAAAUGACACAGAAAGAUCCAAGUUCCUCGCCCAUUUGAUGACUGGAACCAAGGAUAUACUGCAGUCUGGGCAAGGUCUGGCUGAUCAUGAUAACUAUCAUGAAUAUUGUCGCCUUCUUGGUCGCUUCAAGGUGAAUUAUCAGUGUUCUUUUCAGUUAUCCGAGCUUGUAAAUGUGGAAGGCUACAGUGACUGGAUUAGAUUAGUAGCGGAGUUCACGUCAAGGUCUUUGCAGUCAUGGCAGUGGGCCAGCAGCAGUGUGUAUUACCUUUUAGGGCUUUGGUCCAGACUAGUUACAUCAGUGCCAUAUCUGAAAAGCGACACUCCAAGCCUGCUAGAUGAAUUUGUGCCCAAAAUAACUGAAGGUUUUAUUGCGUCUAGAUUCAGUUCAGUGCAGGCUGCAUUACUUGAUGAUCUCUCGGAAGACCCUCUGGAUAACGUUGAACUUCUUCAGGACCAACUUGAUAGCUUUCCAUACCUUUGCAGAUUCCAGUAUGAAGGCAGUAGCUUAUAUAUUAUUAAGCUUUUGGAGCCCAUUCUGCAGUCAUACACGGAAAGAGCCAGAUUGCCAUCUACUGGAGAUAUAGAUGAUCUUUUUGUGGUGGAAGGACAACUGGCUUGGGUUGUUCAUAUUAUAGCUGCCAUUUUCAAGAUCAAACAGACCACUGGUUGCAGUGCAGAGCCACAAGAGCUAAUUGAUGCAGAACUUGCGGCACGAGUUUUUCAGUUGAUAAAUGUGACAGAUACCGGGUUGCACACUAAGAGGUGCGAUAAAAUAAGUAAGCAAAGGCUUGAUCGGGCUAUACUUACAUUUUUUCAGCAUUUCAGAAAAUCAUAUGUUGGUGAUCAGGCAAUGCAUUCAUCAAAGCAGUUGUAUGCUCGGCUAUCUGAGCUUCUAGGUCUCCACGAUCAUCUUGUGCUGCUUAAUGUCAUUGUUGGGAAAAUCGCUACAAAUCUUAAGUGCUACACAGAGUGUGAGGAGGUUAUUGAGCACACUUUAACUCUGUUCUUGGAGCUGGCUUCAGGAUAUAUGACAGGAAAACUGCUUCUCAAGUUGGAUACUAUCAAGUACAUUAUUGGGCAUCAUACAAGGGAGAAUUUUCCAUUUCUUGACGAGUACAAAUGCUCACGUAGUAGAACAACUUUUUACUACACCAUUGGCUGGUUGAUAUUCAUGGAGGACAGUCCCGUGAAGUUCAAAACUUUCAUGGAUGCACUUUUGCAGGUUUUCUUGAAUUUGGAGUCAACACCUGAUACUGUGUUUCGCACGGAUACUGUAAAGUACGCACUGAUAGGUCUGAUGCGGGAUCUUAGGGGGAUAGCUAUGGCAACAAACAGCCGUAGAACGUAUGGUCUUCUCUUUGAUUGGUUGUAUCCCACACAUAUGCCGCUUCUCUUAAAGGGCAUAACACUUUGGACAGACACACCAGAGGUUACAACUCCUCUGUUAAAGUUUAUGUCGGAGUUUGUUUUAAAUAAAGCUCAGCGUUUGACUUUUGACUCAUCAUCUCCAAAUGGAAUUCUAUUGUUCCGGGAAGUUAGCAAAUUAAUUGUUGCGUACGGCUCAAGAAUAUUGUCCCUUCCAAAUGGCAAUGACAUUUAUGCAUAUAAAUAUAAGGGUAUCUGGAUCUCAUUGACAAUUCUUUCAAGAGCAUUAUCUGGGAACUAUGUCAACUUUGGUGUUUUUGAGCUCUAUGGUGAUAGAGCACUUGCCGAUGCCCUUGAUAUUGCUCUUAAGAUGACAUUAUCCAUUCCUCUAGCAGAUAUAUUGGCAUUUCGGAAGCUUACAAGAGCCUACUUUGGAUUCCUGGAGACUCUUUUCCACAACCAUAUUUCUAUUGUUGUCAAUCUAGACACAAGCUCCUUCAUGCACAUUGUUGGUUCACUUGAAUCCGGUUUGAAGGGUUUAGAUUCCAAUAUUUCAUCUCAGUGUGCCUCUGCUGUGGACAAUUUGGCGGGUUUCUACUUCAACAAUAUUACAGCUGGGGAGGCAACCUCAUCACCUACUACAAUAAAUCUUGCUAGACAUAUUGCAGACUGCCCUAAUCUGUUCCCUGAAAUACUGAAAACCUUAUUUGAGAUUGUUUUGUUUGAGGAUUGUGCGAAUCAAUGGAGUCUUAGCAGACCAAUGCUCAGCUUGAUACUUAUCAAUGAACAGAUAUUCAGCGACUUACAAGCUCAAAUUCUGGCGUCGCAGCCAGCAGAUCAGAGGCCACGGCUCGUAGUUUGUUUCACAAAAUUGAUGGCUGAUGUGACCCGAAGCUUAGAACCAAAAAACAGGGACAAAUUCACCCAAAAUUUAACCAUUUUCAGGCAUGAUUUUCGUGUGAAAUAGAAAAGCCAUACUCUUAACAGCAGCCCUUUGUUUUUUGUCGGAAGCUGCUAUAGAGGAAUUCUCUUUGAUGGCUAUGUGGAGCUUGUUCGUGUUCGGUUGAUGAAGUUGCUGAGAUGCCGAAACCAUCACAGCUCUGCAAGUCAUGUUGGUCACAGUUGAGGGUUUGUUCUUUUUCCAUGAAUUGGAAAGCAAUGAAUAUAAAACCCAAGAAUUGCAGUUCGGUUCAUUGAUGGAUUUCACAUACAUCAGGAGAGGCUUGGAAGUUUGCAAUCAUGAGUUUCAAGGCUGGUAUUUCACAGUUGUAGAUGGUGGUUUUACCGGUGGGUUUAUACAACAGUCUUUAAAAGUCAAAUUCUUUUCUUCUGUCCUUUUUGAUACUUGGGAGUACGAAGUAUAAAUGUAAAUGGUUUGCCUUGUUUUGUAACAGAAGCAACUUUUAUGUAAAUUUCGUUCUUGUCGUCGAUACAACAAUUUUUUAUCAAAUGUUAUUGAUGCUCUGAUCUGUUUUUUCUUUGAA